GUUCUUCCCAGUGAUCCGUUCCGUCAGUGUCGUCGUUUCCAGGAAAGCGAGGAAGUAUCCUCGAGUCGGAAAGGCUGUCCCUCCCUCUGUCUAUUUCUUUCUCCUUCUUCUUCUUCUUCUUCGUCUUCGACCAGUCCACUGCAGAAGGAGCGAGAUGCAUGGCCGCUCAGACUCGUACAGGGUCGCAACGCUACCGAAAAUACGCGACGACAACAAAACAGCCGAUGGGAUGUACAAGUCGCGGCGGAAGAAUCCAAAACGGAGAACGGACAAUUUAGAGGACCUGAAGCAGGAGCUGGACAUUGACUUCCACAAAAUUACACCCGAGGAACUAUAUCAGAGAUUUCAGACGCACCCCGAAAACGGCCUCAGCCAUGCGAAGGCAAAAGAGAAUCUAGAGAGGGACGGUCCAAACUCGCUGACACCGCCGAAACAAACGCCCGAAUGGGUCAAAUUCUGUAAAAAUCUGUUCGGAGGUUUCGCGUUACUGUUGUGGAUCGGCGCGAUCCUCUGCUUCAUCGCGUACUCGAUUCAAGCAACGACCAGCGAGGAUCCAAAUGACGACAAUCUGUACCUGGGUAUCGUGUUAGCGGCGGUGGUCAUAGUUACAGGCAUAUUCUCGUAUUACCAGGAAAGCAAAUCCAGCAAGAUUAUGGAAUCGUUCAAGAACAUGGUACCGCAGAUCGCGACUGUAAUUAGGGAAGGUGAAAAACUGACAUUGAAAGCGGAAGAACUGGUACUUGGAGACGUCGUGGAUGUUAAAUUCGGCGAUCGUAUCCCGGCCGAUAUCCGUAUCAUUGAAUCGAGGGGCUUCAAGGUGGACAACAGCUCUCUGACCGGUGAAUCCGAGCCGCAAUCCAGGUCUCCAGAAUUCACGAACGAAAACCCAUUAGAAACAAAAAAUCUCGCAUUCUUCUCGACAAAUGCCGUUGAAGGAACCGCAAAGGGUGUUGUGAUCUGCUGUGGUGAUCAAACUGUAAUGGGAAGGAUUGCUGGUUUAGCGUCCGGCCUUGAUACCGGCGAAACUCCGAUCGCUAAGGAAAUCCACCAUUUCAUCCAUCUGAUCACAGGCGUAGCUGUAUUCCUUGGUAUUACUUUCUUCCUUAUCGCCUUCAUUCUUGGUUACCAUUGGCUCGACGCUGUUAUCUUCUUGAUUGGUAUUAUUGUGGCUAACGUACCGGAGGGUUUGCUAGCGACUGUGACUGUGUGCCUGACGUUGACCGCCAAACGUAUGGCGUCCAAGAAUUGCUUGGUUAAGAACUUGGAGGCAGUGGAAACCCUGGGCUCGACAUCGACCAUCUGCUCUGACAAGACUGGCACACUCACACAGAAUCGUAUGACCGUUGCUCACAUGUGGUUCGACAAUCAGAUCAUCGAAGCUGACACGACAGAAGAUCAGUCUGGACUUCAAUACGAUCGUACCAGCCCUGGAUUCAAAGCUCUGGCAAAAAUCGCUACCCUGUGCAACCGUGCCGAAUUCAAAGGUGGUCAAGAAGACAAGCCUAUCCUGAAAAGAGAAGUGAACGGCGACGCUUCGGAAGCUGCUCUGUUGAAAUGUAUGGAACUUGCUCUUGGUGACGUUAUGGGCAUUAGGAAACGCAACAAGAAAGUCUGUGAGAUUCCGUUCAACUCUACCAACAAGUAUCAAGUUUCUAUCCACGAAUCGGACAACCCAGACGAUCCUCGACAUCUUCUCGUGAUGAAGGGUGCGCCAGAAAGAAUUCUUGAUCGUUGCUCGACUAUCUUUAUCGGUGGUAAGGAAAAAGUACUUGACGAAGAGAUGAAGGAGGCAUUCAACAACGCUUACUUGGAACUUGGUGGCCUUGGUGAACGUGUACUCGGUUUCUGCGACUUCAUACUGCCGUCCGACAAAUUCCCGAUCGGCUUCAAGUUCAAUUGCGACGACCCCAACUUCCCGGUUGAUGGACUCCGCUUCGUGGGCCUGAUGUCUAUGAUCGACCCGCCCAGGGCUGCGGUGCCCGACGCGGUUGCCAAGUGCCGUUCCGCCGGCAUCAAGGUCAUCAUGGUAACCGGUGACCAUCCGAUCACUGCCAAAGCCAUUGCCAAAUCUGUCGGCAUCAUCUCUGAAGGUAACGAGACCGUCGAGGACAUUGCUCAACGGCUGAAUAUCCCGGUAUCCGAAGUCAAUCCUCGCGAAGCUAAAGCCGCCGUUAUCCACGGAACCGAACUCAGGGAACUGAACUCCGACCAACUGGACGAGAUCCUCAGGUAUCACACCGAAAUUGUGUUCGCCCGUACCUCGCCACAGCAGAAGCUCAUCAUCGUCGAAGGCUGCCAACGAAUGGGUGCUAUCGUCGCUGUAACUGGUGACGGUGUGAACGAUUCUCCUGCGUUGAAGAAGGCCGACAUUGGUGUAGCCAUGGGUAUUGCUGGUUCUGACGUGUCCAAGCAAGCAGCUGACAUGAUUCUGCUCGAUGACAACUUUGCCUCGAUCGUGACCGGUGUCGAGGAGGGUCGACUGAUCUUCGACAACCUGAAGAAAUCCAUCGCGUACACCCUCACCUCGAACAUCCCCGAGAUCUCACCUUUCCUGGCGUUCAUCCUUUGCGACAUUCCUCUGCCUCUUGGUACCGUCACUAUUCUCUGCAUCGACUUGGGAACGGACAUGGUGCCAGCCAUCUCACUUGCCUACGAGGAGGCAGAGAGCGAUAUUAUGAAGCGACAUCCACGAAACCCCUUCACUGACAAGCUAGUUAACGAAAGGCUUAUUUCGAUGGCGUAUGGUCAGAUUGGUAUGAUCCAGGCAGCCGCCGGCUUCUUCGUCUACUUCGUAAUUAUGGCUGAAAACGGAUUCUUGCCGCUGCAUCUUUUCGGCAUUCGAAAACAAUGGGACUCCAAGGCUAUCAAUGAUCUUCGUGACAGCUAUGGCCAGGAAUGGACAUACAGGGAUCGUAAGACACUUGAAUUCACCUGCCACACAGCAUUCUUCGUUUCGAUCGUUAUCGUUCAGUGGGCCGAUCUGAUCGUUUGUAAGACGCGACGUAAUUCCAUCAUCCACCAGGGAAUGAGAAACUGGGCCCUGAACUUUGGUUUAAUAUUUGAGACCGCCCUCGCCGCGUUCCUAAGCUACACACCCGGCAUGGACAAGGGUCUCCGCAUGUUCCCUCUUAAAUUCGUCUGGUGGCUGCCCGCCCUUCCCUUCAUGUUCGCCAUCUUCAUCUACGACGAGACGAGACGAUUCUACCUCCGCCGGAAUCCAGGAGGCUGGCUCGAGCAAGAAACUUACUAUUAAACGCGAAGAAAAAUUUAAUCAUACACGCAGAGCGCGCGCGCAAGAGUUACAAGAGCGAGAGAUGCAGAGAGAAUGAUGAGAGAAAGAGAGUGUGAGAUAUGCAUAUUACCUACGCAGAUAUACACCGAGAAACUAAUAACUAAAAAAUGAGCAAAAAAAAAUAUACGAAACAAAACCAAAAAAACAAAAAAACAUGAAACAACCAAACAAUGGGGAAAAAAAAGAUGAAAACGUUAAAAAUCACUCACGUUAAAUACACACACACACAUAUUUUACCCAUGGGGCGUGCUAUUCGGGUCUAACCGUACUGUCGCGUGAUGAUGAUAUUAUUUUAGAUGGGGACAAUUCGCAUCAGCCGAGCCGAAUCGUCGAACGAACCAUCGCCAUAGUCAUUACAAUAUAGAGUGUCUUGCUGUUGUUUUACUGAACAAACAAUAAAAAGCGCUUCUCGCGUGGGAGUAGAUAAGUGGCUUGCGAGCACUCUCGUUAGAUGGUAUGUGAAGUACAAAACAAGAACGAAAUACGAAGUGAAAGAAAGAAAAGGAAGGAGAAAAAAGAAGAAGUUAUAUGAGUAAAGUAAAAAGAAGAAAACGUUCGUCGUUCUGGCUCUGCGAGUUGCUUGCACGCGCGUGCCGGUGUAUCAUUAAACAGAGAGUUCGUCGUUCGAGAAACAUCGAAGGAAUCGACGAAGAAACAAUAAAGGGUUCUACGAGCAACGUCGUCGGGAAGACUUCGAACUUCCGGGUACACACACGUCUGAUAUGAUUCACGAGGUUUAUAGGGAUUAGUGCUGCCAUCUGAUCAUCGACGAUAAAGAAGAAGUACAUAAAUAGUAGGGCCUAAGACACGAGAAUAAGAAGAAAAAGAAGAAAAACGGCGUCGAAUGGAGUCAUCGAGGAGAAAAGAGACUGUAUGAAAAGUACAAGCCCGGCAAUGGACACCCGUGUAUCUUUUUGGAAACGGAGGGAUACUGAAAAUGGCGACAAAUCGUCGGAUAACGCGCACGUCCGUAUGAACGUCGACGGGUGUACGACAUAAAUGAAUCUUUUAGAGAAAAAAAAAGCGGAUAACUUAGCAUCGAUGGAGCAUUCCGUUAGAUGUCUUGUGAUAUCAGAGAAAAAAAUAUUCAUAUAGGCAUCCCGUUAAGUAAAGGAGCAAAAGAACACUGCGUUAGAUUGGCACGCCCUUGUUAAGAGUUAAAAAAAAAAGAAUUAAAAAAUGCAAUACAGGUACAGCAAGAAUAUAGAAGUAAUGGAAGCGCGUUUACAGUACUCAUUAUUAUUCUUAUUACAAGUAAUGUCGUUCGGUUCGAGUCUUUAAAAUCCGAGUAGCUGUCGAAGAAGCCAGAAGUCGCAUCGUGUAGAUAUUCUAGUAGUUUGUGAGUCUCUGCAUGAGAACUGCUACGCGAAUGAAGAGAACGGGCCAGGAUUGGACUGCUAAAGAAAGAAAGCUGAAAAUGAGAAUGCGAAAGGAAGAAAAGAGAAGAAAGAAGAAAGAUAUUAGACGCGUGGGGGCGAGCACGGGGAACGAAGACGGCAAACAGACAGUAUAAUAAGUAACUAUCAACUGAAUCACUACCAACGGAAGAGAAUACAUAAACUAGAUAAACGAAGAAACAAAGAAGAAGACGGACAUAGUAAGAAUAGAGAAGAUACACGUUAUUUAAGUUGCGCGCGAGCAAAUGGUAAAGCGGUGGUCACGGUUUUGGGAGCCACUGAACUGGACAACCUACGCGUACCACCGACGAAACUGGACAAAUAAAUUACAGAAAUGUUAUUGAUUAAAAGAAAAGAAGAAAAGACGAGCUGAGUAGACAUGCAAGAAUUCAAAAUAGUCGCGCUACUCUGGGAGCUAUGUGGUUUCCAUGGGUGAGGGCGCUAUGAUAGUCGAGGUAACAGGAUAUUAAAAAAUGCUAGUAGAGGAUGGUAAUGAUGUAGGAAAAGCACAGAGUGGAAACGAGAAAAAAAUACAGACAGAUGAAAAACAGUAAAAAAAAACAUUCUUACUUAGGCGAAACUAAAAGUAAAGGAAAAAAAAAAAGGUAUAAAUUCAUUCUCUUAGUUUCUUCAUAGGUUUAAAAACGCCAGCGGGACAGCUCGCUAUAAAUCAUAUUGACCCCCGAACGCAGAACGCCCUGUACCACCAACCCGCGGUCUGUCGUGUGUAUGUGUGUGUCAGUAUCGAAACAACGCCCCUUCGAAUUUUGUAGGAGCAACAACAAGCCACCACCAACAAUACAAAAAGAAAAAUCUAAAAAAAAAUAUGAACAAAACGAACGAAGGUGACUUAAAAUGCCUGCCACGCGACUUUUCGGGCCGGGACGAUCCGAGACGUGCGAUCAUAUCAGGUUUUAUUUCGAGCUUCUUCGAUGUGAAAAAAACGCAUACCAACAAAAAUUCGUUUUCGUUUCUCUUUUUGCCUAUAUAUCGAUUUUGAAUCCUUGUUGCUCGCUUUCGCGGCUUUUCGAUGUGUACGCGCGCGCAUGCGCUGGCAACGUCGGUGAAGAGGGCGCUUCGUUUCGAGCGGAGAACCGGGGCGAAGCGUAGGUAAUGACAAACUCGUUUGUCGAAUAAAUUUCAUCGUCGUUUGCCAUAAUUGCGACGAUACCCCGAAAUCAACGAACAGCCUCGAUGUGUUUACCACGUUCUCUGGUUCCUCUGUUCCGCGCGAAUCAAGGCGAACGGACCGUCGAGGAUUCAGGUAGACGAAGGGUGACGCUCGCUCGGCGGCCCUGGCCCCAAAACUACCCUAAGUGUUCAAUAAUCGAGGUGUUCUCGAGGUGCCGUACACGCGUAACACGUUCUUCGCUUGCCAAUCCCGCCGAAUUUUACCAUGUUCGCGAAUAUAAGAAAGAAAUAUAUAUUCCAAGGGCUACGACUAUCCUCCAGCCCUUCCGAUGAAUUUUCUCUGUUGUGCGCGCGAGGGGCUGGUUGAAUUAUUCGGUCCCGUUCACAAACACGUAACCACCAUGUUGAAUUUUGAAUAAUCGAAUUCAAUUUAAAAAAUUCGGUAGGACCGGCGAAGCUUUAACUGAAUCGUUUUUUGAGACACGUGGAUCGUCAUUCAAAUCCAACCGAUAACUCUUUGAAAGAAACCGGGACAGGAAAGAAAAAAGUGAGAGGGAAAAACAGAUAGAGGGCAGCAGUGUACCGUCGCGUUGCUCGUCGAACUCCGACUUUGAUUACACACCGACAAAAAAGUACAUACGAAAUGAUCACAUUAAAAAAACGUCCCCAGUUCUCUUCUUCUUCGCGGAAGAGGAAGAUGCUCGAAAAUUGUCGAAAUAAAAAACAUGAAUCAGUCGUUACAGUGCUAGAAGUUGAGAAGCAGAGAGAUGUUCAAUGUUAUGCCAGUUAAUUCCGUUUUUCAUGGUGUUUCUUGGUUUCGCGUUGCGGGACAGUGUAUACCGAUAGCUCCGUGUGUGUGUUAUCUAGAAAGAUCGAUCAUUCCUGUCACAACGAAAUCGAACCAAACAAAAAGAAAAGAAAAGAAAAACAAAAAAUGGGAAACAGAUUGCCUUCAGCGGAUCCCCGUGUUUUGAGAUAGGACGCGAACGAAAAGAAGAAAGAUAGAAUCGGAAAGAAGAGAGAUCGAGGAGUGAUAGCGAGGUAUAAGCAUGGCGGUAGGGGGGAUGAUGCAUUGGCCCAUUCAUUUCAGUAAAAUCGCUCCCGACAUGGGUACCGGAGCUGGAUCGGAGGAUCCGUGGUUUGUCGACAGGGUGUUCCGUGCCCGGGGGGCGUAGGAGCCCAAAAAAAAUGCUUUGCCGUCGUGCGCCUCUUUACUUUAGGCAAAUAAUUUAAACAUUAAUAAUAUAAUAAUAAUAAUUAUAAUAUAAUACAUGUUACAAUAAGAUAUUAUUAGAUGUAAUUAUUAUAUAUGGUUUAGUCUAGAUCGUGUUGUUGAAGAAAAAAAACAAAGUACGUAUAAGCGAACAAAAAAAAAAGAGAACAAAGAUAAAGAUAUGAAAAGUAUAACGACGACGAUGACGAGAGUAAGGGAGAGAGAGAGCGCGCGAGAGAGAGAAAAAAUAGAAAAUCAAGGAAAAGUGGCGAUGAGAGGAAAAAAUAUUCGGUCUAAGACCAUAAUAUCUUGCGGCGGACUGAGCGGGACACAAACGAGAGAAUCCGCUUUUGCUUCGUUCUGUGCGCGUGGUACAUCGAUCUUUUAUUUCUUUCUCUUUUAUAUAUAUAUAUUCUUUUUCUCUUUUUUUUUUCUUGAAACGCGUCAUAUUUAGAGAUACAUACAUCUUCAGUGAUCCUUUUACGUACGAAACCGUGUUUUUCUUUUCUUCUUUGUUUUCUUUUCGCUACGUUUCCGGUUACGCGGAUGGAUUUGCGGCUAUAUUGUAUUCCCUCGUUUCGGCGACGCCAUCGUUUUCUUCUCACUUGUAUUACACCCGCGGAUUCAUAGGAAAAGACAAUCCUCGGUAAACGAGUCGCAAAUCUUUUCGUGUUCUGCAAACGGGUAACCUCGCCAAAAACAACGCAAUCGUCGCAAAACUGGUUUUUCGGGUGAAUCGGCGUACAAGAGCGGGAGAAAAAGAGAAAUGUGUGAAUGUGGGCGAGAGAUCGUGUGUUUUAAUAUAACGGAUUCUUCGCUUUUCUGUUGCCGCGAUCGAACACAAUAAUAAUUGGCAGUAAAAUAUUCAAGUUCAAAAAAUAAAAUCAAAAAUCUGGGAAUUGAGGAGGAGAUAAAAAAGAAAACAAAUGCUUAAAAUAAUAAAGAACAGUGUCACGAGAAUUCUGUGAAACGUCGCCCCUGCACAGCCCGCCACAUCACAACAGAAUCAUUGAAUGAUUAAAAUAUAAACAAAAAAAAAAAAAAUAAAUGAUGUUUUAUUAAUAUUGUACAUAUUUUAAAUAACUGCAGACGGACAAACGGAUCGCGCAUGAACGGUGACCCACGAGAAGGUGGUCUGUUUAAAUGGUCCGCCUUUUCCAUACGGGUUUCAUACUCUUUUUCUGUUUUUCGUUUUAGCGCCGCAUAUAUGAUACACACUCCACACACAUACACACCACACACGCUGAGAGACAUGUGCGAACAUAGAGAGAGAUAUACACACGUACACGCUCAGAGAUAAAUGAAAAGAAAAUGUACACCGCUCUACCAAACAAUCUCUUCUGAUUGACGAUUCCUUUCAUAUUGAUUAUUCUGUAAGUUCUGUUUUCACACGUGAAUUACAUUAAGGAAGAAACGAGAGACAUUGUCCAACCCAAGUGUCAUUACUUUUGAUGUUAAAUAAAAAAUACAUAAUUAAUAAA